UGUGACGCCACCGGGGUCAAAGGUAAUUUUGACGUCUGCGAGGGGUGGUUUGGCGCCAGCUAUUUCGCGGGCCGACAGCACAAGGCGCAGCGAAAUACAGCACCGCCGAAAGUGCGCAGCGCACGUAAGAAAAAGCAAGCCGGGGUGCUGCGCUCCUCGGACGGACGCUUUGGAAGCGGCGCUCCUCGUCGGUUCUUUCGGCUGUCCACGCUGCGUCAUCUCCGCGGCCAACGUCGCUUGCGAAGCCCGAGGCCGUGUGGCGGCGAGUAACGAUGAUGGCGUCGGCCGAGCCUCCCAGCGGCUUCAGCAUGGCCCCCCUGCUGGAGUGUCUGGAGGACAGCGCUGCCGGACGCCCCGAGCAGACGGACGCCUACCUCACCAUCGCCAACCGCCUGAGUGGCGAGGAAGGCCGCCAGUUUCUUCCUGCAGUUGAAAAGCACUUUACGCGUCUGGGCGCCGCCAUUUUGACCCACAUCAGCAGUCCGCACGCCGAGCUGAACCAGGCCGCCCUGCAAGCCCUGGGUUUCUGUCUGUACCAUUCGCACGUGGUCUCGCGGGUCUCGGAAACCUUGGCCGCUGAUCUUCUGUCUGCACUUUGCUCUGUGGCGUCCAAGUCCACGGAGAAGAACACCUGCACCAGAGCCUUGUGGGUCAUCUCCAAGCAGAGCUUCUCCGCCGCCGUGGUGGGAAAGAAAGUUCCGUCCAUCCUGGGGACCCUGGAGAGCAUCUGGAGCAAAGACGACGUCCUGUCGGUGGUCCUGGAGCACGAAGCUCUGAACGUGAUCAUCAAGCUGCUGGACCAGGUUCCGGCUCAGAUGUCCGAAGACACGGUACGCUGGGCCAAGCUCAUCAUCCCGCUGGUGGUGCACUCGGCCUCCAAAGUGCGUCUGCGGGCGGCGGCCGCCAUGGAGACGGGCCUGCCUCUACUCCUCCAAAAGCAGACGGAUGUGGCCGCCGUCAUCGAGCCCCUCAUGUCCACGAAACUGAUCCCAGAGCUGCAGAAGCUUUUCAUGGCCAAGAAUGAAACAAACGUCCUGAAGCUCUGGCCCUUAUUUGUCAAACUUCUAGGCAAGAUGCUGCACCGCGGCGGUCCCUUCAUCAACUCUCUGCUCCACCUGGAGGAGCUGGGCUUUCGGAGCUCGUCUCCCACCGUCAAGAAGAUCGCCUUCAUCGCCUGGAAGAGCCUCAUCGACAACUUCGCCCUCAAUCCGGACAUCCUGUGCAGCGCCAAGCGCAUGAAGCUCCUCAUGCAGCCCCUCAUGUCCAUCAACGUCAGGACGGAGGCGCUGAUGCUCACCAAGGUGGAGGUGUGGUGGUACCUGGUGGUCCAGCUGGGUCCUCACCUGUCGCCUCACUUUGAUCAGGUGUCCGUUCCUCUGCUGCAGUACACCUUUGGAUCGGAUUCCUCCUCGCAGCAGGGCACCCCCGCCAGGGGGGGUCCUCAGAACGGAGUAGGAGUCGGCAAAACCGCACCCCCGCCGAGCUUCAACAGUCCGGCCCCCGCCCCUCGACUCAGCCUGAAUUCCAGCAUCCAGCCGCCCUCCACCUUCCCCUCCAUCCAGCUGCUGGGCCUGGAGAUGCUGCUGCACUACUUCCUGGGACCCGAGGUGGUCGCCUCGGCGACCAAGAGCAAGCUUGUGCUGACUCUGGAACCUUUAAGGCAUCCCCUGUUGGCUGCUACCUCGUCCUUCGGCAAACACGCCGCCGUGCUCAUCGCCGGCAUCAAAGAUGGCUUCAGCGGCGCCGGCAAAGACGCUCCAGGGUCACUUUUAGCACUUUUAUGGAAUCAUCUUAUUCACUUUGUCAGCUUGACCAUCGAGUCUGCCACCAAGAAGGACAGACAGGGCUGUGAAGUCCUGACGCUGAUGCUGCAGGCCCUGCAGAGCAUCGUCCACUCAGAAGCUCUCCCUGCAGAAAAAGUCCUGGUUCUCUUUGAGGGCACCGUCAAAGGCAUCUCCGCUCGCGUCCUUGGCUCCGCCUCCUACCAAGUGGGCAAGAUGGACGUGCUAAACGGAACGCCCGCGCUCUUCCUGAUUCUUCUCCUCUUGGACAGCAGCAUGCUAGCAGCCUACAUGGAGGACGCCAGGUUUCAUCAGUGCCUCAAGAGGCUGGUGGGCUGCGGCCUGUCGGGCCCCACCUCCCCCCUGGCGUUUGGGGAGGCCGUGCUGGGAGCCAUCGGCCGCAGCGCCGCCUCCGUGCCAAACAAGGAGCACCUGCUGAGGAUGUGGAGCGCGAUGGUCGGCCCGCUGACGGACACCAUAACUCAGUCCAAUGAAGUCAACCAAGGAGACGCUUUGGAGCACAACUUCAGCGCCAUGCACUCGGCCCUGCUGUUCCCCGUCACUCACCUGCUGAGUGAACCGCCUCUGCAGUUGGCGGCCCAGAAGUCCAUGCUGUCCACGUGGUCUAAACUCUACAAGGUGUUCGCACGCUGCUCCUCUUUGGUGGUCACGGCCGAGGAGAACGUCUGCUGUGAGGAGCUGUGUGUCAAGAUGGCCGCUACGGUGGACCGGGAGGCCUUGAAGCUUCCGUCCACGUUGAUGGCGGUCUCCUGCAUCCUGCAAGUCAUGGUGGAAUGUGUGGACUUCUCGCCGUACACGCCGCACUUCCAGCAGAAGUUAAAAUCUCCUCACACUCCAGGAACCUGGACCAAGAAGAGAAGCAAGGCCCUGGGGAACCUGGCAGCCUUUGAGUCCCUGCUGGUUCAGUGUCUGGAUGUUUACCUGGCUGGGGACGAUGAGGUUUGGUCGGAGGCCGCGAGUACGGGGACGGCGCUGCUCUCCGUUUUGUCUGCCCUCUUCACCAACCUGGUCCUUGCUGACGCCGUCAAGGAGGCGCUCGCUUCCCUCAUUCAGCCGCUCGCCGUCCUCUAUCAGAAGCCGCAUGACUUGACGUCGGCCAUGCUUGCCAAGAUGGAGAAGCUGGUGGGCGAGGUCCUCGGAUGCAUCCAGAGCCGCUCCGCUCUGGCCUACGACGGCGACCUCCUGGCUCUGCUUUCUCCGCUGCUCUGCGUCCUCUUCACGCACAAGAACAAGCAGCACCGCACGGCCGUCACGCACUUUUGGAACGCCACCUUCGCCAAUGCCGUCAGCUUGACGUAUCCCGACCAGCUCAGACCUGUUCUGAACCAAGUGAAGCAAAAGACUCCCAUCAUUCUUCCCGGCUUCAAAUCCAUCAGUAUUCCCGAUGAGCUCAGUGGACAGUAUUCCAGCGAAAGUUCCCAGUUAGAAACCAAACUCAGCGGCGUGCCAGUGGCCUCCGUGGGAAUGAGGGACUCUCAAUUAGGGAAGACUGCUGAGGGGAACGACCGAAGCUCCACCAGGGCCUCCAAACCGGUUUCUAUGAAGCUGGACUUUGGUUCCCCUAAAGUUCCCCGAAGGGAGGUUCUGGAGGAGGAGGCCUCUGUUGACUUUGUCUUCAUUCCACCUGAGACCAAGGAGAGAGUUUUAACGGAGCACCAAAAGGAGGUCAAAAGGACUAAAAGGGUGGACAUACCUGCCAUGUACAACAACCUCGAUGCCUCCUUGGAUACCUCCGUCUUCUCCCAGUACACACAAAGCCAGGAAGACUCCAUGGGCAAAGCACCAACCGACCAAGCUGCUGCCGUUGGCCAGGACGCUCCAGAGAAGGGUGCCGACUCGGGCGAGGUCGCUGACGUUCAGGAAGACGAGACUCCAGAUGGGGCGUGCCCCGAGGCUUUAGAAAAAGAGCCGGAAACCGAGGAACCGGAGGCGAUACCCGAGUCGCCUGAUGUUUCUGUGGAGGAACAUGCCAAGUGUGAUGUCGGAGAUGAAGAUACGAGCACACAAUCUGAGAAGCCCACCAGUCCCAGCAUGUCCGUCUCUGGAACUCCUCAAAAGUCCAGCAGUUCGAGUAGGCGUCAGACCUUCAUUACUUUGGAGAAAUAUGCAGAGGGAAAGCCUGCGAGCCCCAGCACAGUGUCCACUUUUAUAGGUCCUCUCUCUAAGACCUCCAGUAGCCAGGAACCCUCUAAGGACUCCGACGGUCCCUGCCCCGAGGACUCCCAGAAAGAUAGGCCUCAGAACUCUGAGAACGUCUGUGAGGAGACCUCAGGGAGUCGCAUCCAAGAUUCCCCUGGAAGGCCCAACGUGGAUGAUGAACCCGUCAGGCUGACUCGGGGACCACGAGGUGAUGAACCUGAAGAUGAAGACGUCAUCCCAGAUACUCAGACUGAAGACGUGGUCAUGGAGGAUCCUGCGGAAACCUUCACCUCGGCAGACAUGACACAUUCCGAUCCAAACAUGGAUUCCCAAGAGACUCUUGGUGAUUCGCAGUCCUCAGAGGUUCCGACUUCUCCAGGUGAUCCAAACAUGGACUCCCAGGAGAGUCUCAGUGAUUUGCAGUCCUCGGUGGUUCUGACUUCUCCAGGUGAUCCAAACAUGGACUCCCAGGAGAGUCUCAGUGAUUCACAGCCGCAGAGACGAACGAGCCGCAAACGAAGUAAACAUCCGAUCCCGGAAGACGUUCCGGUGCAGUCGCCCGCGGCAUCAAACAGACCAAAUACGAGAAACCAGAAGGCCAUCGAGGAGGACACUGGUAGAUUACGGAGAAGGUCCCUGAGGGAAAGCAGCGAGUCGAGCCAAAGGAACUCUCAAGGUCGAUCCCACAGGAAGGUCAAGCUGUACAGCAAUUCGGGCGAGUUCCUCACCGAACGCGAAAACAAAAGGAAGAGCGGCCGAUUCCGAGAGUCGAGUCAAACGGAUCGCCUGUCGGACUCUCAGCCCGAAUCGAGCCCGUCUCGGCAAAAGCGAAGCCGGCAUCGGAAGUCCGCCACGGAGCCCAAAGAGGAGUCUGAAGUGAAGGCGGAGUCCAGUCAAGCCGACUUCCUGUCGGAUACCCAGUCGGAAUCUGAAAGCCAGUCGCAGCAAAGGCGCCGCCGGUCUUCCAAGUCCUUAUCGGCGUCCAAACGGGCCAAGUCAGAGAGGGUCUCCAGUCAAAGUUCCGUACAGUCAGACACCCACACCGCUUGUGAUUCCCAAGAAGAGAAUGGUCCGCCUCCCAAGUCUUCACUGGAACCCAAGGAGGAGGGUCCAGACACCCAGUCAGACUCGGAAAGACGGUCGGAGCAAAGCCAAGACGAAGCUUCUGAAGCGUUGCAGACAAUGGAGAACAAAGUCCUGGAGACCAAGUCUGAAUUCGAUGACUUCCAGAAAGACACGCAGAUCGUCUUACCUCGAAGGGUCGGCCAAUCCCAAGAGUACGAUCUUCUCCAGCGGAAGACCAGCACAGAAAAACCUUCUCAGAUCGCUUCUUCUACGGACUUUAGUCAAAAUUCCCAAGGGAUGGUGCCGACAUCUUCUGAAACGCCACCUCUGAAAACGCGCAGAAGAUCAAGGCAGGCGUCUCUGGAGGAAGGAGCCCAUCAAAGCGAACUCGGGAAAAUAACUAUCGCUAGUUCUCAAGAAAAUGUUCCAUCAGAGCCCCGAAGUGAAGGUCGGAAACGAAGGAGCAAGUCUAGUUGUCCCGUCACUCCAGAAAGCUCCCAGUCGUCGGAAGCUGCGGCGUCCGUCGAGUCCUCGCAAGGCAGGGGCCGUUAUUCAAGGCGACUAUCCGUGAACACCGAGUCGUCCGAAUCCGAAUUGUCGGAGGCCAGGGAGAGUCUUUCAUCCCCAAAGAGGCGGAGGAAACCCAGAAGGAUCUCGACCAGCGACUCCACCCGCCAAUCUCCAGCAGAAGUCGAUUCCAAGGAUUCCGGAAGCGCAGAAACAUUGGAAACUGCUAAAGUCCAAGAUGGGGAUUUAUCGCAAAGCCCUGAUUCGGCAGUUUCUGAAUCACUAGAGACUUUGGAAAACUCCAAAGAGGGACAAAGGGACCUCGCUGAAGCACCUGAGUCCCUUGUUCAACAAAAACCCAAGCCUGAAACCGCACGGAACCGGAGUCCACUUAGCGUGUCGCCGCGCAGGAAGCGGGGCAGGCCACGAUAUUCUCGGACAAAACCUGAUUCUGCGUCCUUGGAGUCAUCGGAGAUGUUGGUCUCUGAGGAGGUCGCUACUGAGAUGUUGGUCUCGGAGGGGGUCGCUACUGAGCGGAGUCAGGAGGACUCUCCUCGUGAGAUGUUUGCUACAGACACACCAGCUCUCCCCAGCGAGCAACAGGAGAUCAUGGAUCAGGAGGUCCAACCUGCAAAGGAUUCCGAUUGUGGUCAUCUUGGAGAUGCAUUUGUUCCAGUCGUGGAGGAACCUCAUGGUUCCACACUAGACCAAGAAGGAGGUUCCAAUGUAGUAGAUGAUCUUUCCAGUGCUGGAGAACCUGAUGCUUCUAAUGUUGAGGAGGAAUUCCCAAAGCAGGUCUUGGAGGUCGGAACGGAGAAAGAUGAUUGUGAUAAAGGUGGCGUGAUGCCUUCAGAGGAAACCCGGACCACAGGCACGGAUCCAGAUGCUGCUCCAAGCCAUCUCGGGAACUCUGAAUCGACGCAUGGUGACGUUCACCAUCAUUCUCCAGCGAAGCUGAAGGACCUGGAGGCUGCGUUGGUGCAGGACAUGGUCCACAGUCCCUGCAGUAGCAGGACCAGAGGAACCUGGUCUCCUUCUGCCUCCCCCUCUUCCAGUAUCCUGAAGAAAGGCCAGAAGAGACAACUGGAGGAGGAGAGCCCCUCUCCUCUCGUCAAGUCCAGGCGCGUGUCUUUUGCUAAUCCCAUCCAGCAGCAGGAGACCGCAGACGACAUCGACCGCCGCAGCCCCGCUGUCCGAAGCAGCUCCCCUGGAAGAUCCAAAGUCGGGAACCUGGCUCAUCCCAAAUUCAUCACCACGCCAACAAAGUCCUCGCUGGUCUUGAGUCCCAGGAAUCUUCGGAGUCCAAGUUUCAAGAGCUCCAAGAAAUGCCUGAUUUCGGAGAUGAGCCCCGUUUCCAAUGAUUGCAUCUACCCCGCCCUGGUGGGCUGCUCCGCUCCGGUGGAAGCCGUGCUGCCGCAGAUAUCCUCCAGCAUGUGGUCUCGUGGUUUCGGUCAGCUGGUGCGAGCCCGCAACAUCAAGACGGUGGGCGACCUCAGCGCUCUGACUCCCAACGAGAUCAAGACUCUUCCCAUUCGCUCGCCAAAGAUCUCCAACGUCAAGAAGGCGCUCAAGACCUACGAGGAACAGCGGAAAGGUCGAGGCGUCGAUGAGCUGAAGAGCUUCGCGGAGACGGAGAUGAUGACCUCGGAGCUGGAGGAGGCCAGGCCGAUUCCAGACCAGGAUGAUGAAAAAAGCGGCGAGACGUUGGCCACAGCGUUGCUGGACCAGCCGGGUCCACAUCCCACCAGGCUGGACGAGGACCAGACUGCGGCCCCCGACCCCCCUCCAGAGGGGGCCCCUCCCGGGGUCCUUUACCAGCUGGACACUGUGGAGGGCGUGCUGAGUCCGUUUCUUCUCAAGCAAUGUUCUCCUCAGCAGCUCUUGGACAUCCACCAGCGUUUGACGGGGAUGACAAGUCGCGUCGUGACGGAGAUGAGCACUCGACUGGGCGCCGCCCACCCGCGUCCUUGAACGCACCAUGGACUAAGUCUGUGUCUCCUGGCGCUUUUUCUUUCCACAGUUUCAGCAUCGCUUUUGACCUUUGAUGUUUUUUUAUUAAUGUCUUGUCAUUUUACUGUCUCCCUUUUUAACAGCAACACACACAUGCACGACACGUCCGUUGGUCCCUGAAUGUGUCGCUAGGCGUUUCCAUUGUGUACAUAUUGUAGGACGACUUGGUCUCGUUUUAUCUUCUAUUUGUGCUUUUAAUGGACUCCAAAUAAAAAGCUCGGACUGAAUGUAUU